CAGCAGCAUAGACCUCGGAGUGGGGCACGCGAUAGCAAAGCAAGCUAGAUCAGAGGGGACAGGGAGACAGAGAGAGGCAGAGGGAGGAAAAAUCGUGACGAGAGAUCCUCCAUCCAAUGAGAUCCUGAUGAACGGCAACAGAGUCAGUCCGAUCACCCCCCCUCUGCUGCUGGCUGGGCGUUGAUCCUUGCUUUGCUCUUAUUGCUCGCCUUUUUUACGGGCAAAAUGCUCAUCCACACCGCAGUUGCCUCCCUGGCGCCUCGGCAGGCAAUGCGCCAAAGGAAAGGCAGGCAGAGGAAGGCCGUGUCGCUGACGCCGCCUAGCGACUUCCUGUCCGGCGGAGACAGAGAGGUGCUGGCCUCCUACACGGCCUUCAGCUACCAGGGCAACUUCUCGGAUGUUGCCUGCAGGCUCAUAGACACUCUGCCUCACCAAUCUCCUUCGUCGGGGAUGGGCCGGAAACGGCUUGGGCGCGACAGAGCAGGAGGAGAGUCGCGGACGGACGGGGGAGGAGGGCUCACGGGGGUCGAAAGGGUCCGACACCAUGACGGAGACCACGUCUUCUAUCUCUACGUGACAGCCGAGCUCGGCAUCCUUUGCGUCACGGACGGCAUUCCGAUCGAUCAAGAGGUGUUCGGGUACCUUGCGCUCGUGGAAAAGGCCGUUUCGUCGGCGGUGGCCCCCCUGCGGAGAGCGGCGGACGUGGAGGCAGUGCGCAGGGCGGCGAAACUCGCUCUUGUCGAGAGCAUGAACACAUGGACAUCCCAGGCCGAUGGCGGAGGCCGCGCCUCGCCCGACUCCCGAUCUUCCCCCACGCCCACCCGAUCCACGACUCCCAUCAGCGAAGACUCCCUCAGAAGCAGCACUUCGAGAAGCCCUGAUCUGGAGAGCCAGAAGACGCUCGAGCGCUGCCUGAUAGAGGCGGUCCGGCGGCUCCACAUAGAACGGGUAGAAACUAGCCUAGCCUGUCUACAGCAGCAAGCCGGGGAGAACGGUGGCGGUGGCGGCGGCGUCGGUGGCCCGGACGGUAAACCGGGGUCCCCGAACCGUGCCUUACAGCCGCCGCUCCUGACACCGAAAGCACGAAGACCGACCUUGCCGAGCCCUAGAGGGCCGCUCUCUCCCGGCGUCCACGGCCUUCUCAUCGAAGGGUUAGACGGCGACAACAGCAGCGGCGGCGGCGGCGGCGGUGCCUCCUCGGUUGCCAGCAGGGGGAGGGAUGGGUCGGGCUGGGGCAGGAGGCUCAAUCCUGCGCCGCCGCAGCAGGCAACCGAGAUGUUGCUGUUACUGUCGGGGUCGACGACAGCGGAGAAUCAGCGGAAGGGCUUGUCGAUGCCGGAGUCCUCCGGGAGAGCCAGCCCAACAACAACGACCCCCAGGUCGCCCUUUAGCACCGGCCACGACGUGCUGGCUGGAGCGGGGGCCGCCGCCGGCGCGGCGAAGCAGGGCAGCAUGCCGAUCGUGGGCGGGUGGGACGAGCUCGCACUCGGCGCCUCAACGGCGGCGGGGGCUCGAGCGGGGAGGGGGAGUGCGAACGGCGGGCAGCAGCAGCAGCAGCAGCAGCAGCAGCAGCAGCAGCAGCGGUCGAGACAUGCGAAGGAGCACGGGGCCAGCAGCGGAAGCUUCACGGCGCCUGUGCUCGUCGACCUAGCUUUCGACGACGGCACGGGCCCGGCGGCGGGAGGAGGGAUAGGGGCAAACGGCGGCGCAACCAGAGCUUCGGCAGCGGCAGCGGGGGUCCGCGGGGGGGUUUGUGUCGGGGGAAUGCCGCGGUCGGCGGAGCGCCCGCAGCAGGACGUCUCCCUUUCGAUGCGGUCGCCCGUGGGCCUCUCGCAGCAGGGGCACCCGCAGCAGCAAUAUUUCGGGGGCAUCCAGAGGGCGAUCAGCGUGGGGCACCCUGUUGCCAGGGGGUGGGACGGCGGCGUUCCACCGUCGCCCGCGGCGGGGCGACCCGGGCCAACUGGCAUGAGGGCGGCCACCCCGCCGUUAGGGCAACCUCACCAGUACACCACUGGCUCGAGCCAGCCGCCGCCACAUCCUCCAGAACCUUGCGUGUUCGGUCAAAACCCGCCGCCGCGGAAUCCCCCACCGGGUCGAGCCCUGCCUCGGCCGCCGUCGCCGGCUUCGUUCGCGGGAUACGGCGAGCAUCACCAGGGCGCAGCACAUCACCACCACCACCCGCCGCCACCGCAGCCCCCACCACCGCUCCCUCCACCCCCGCCGCCGCCGAUGCCACCACCGCACCACCCGCCGCCGCCGCAGCAGCAGCAGCAGCAGCAGCAGCAGCAGCAGUGGAUCAACCACCCCCGCACGCCUGCCCAGCAAGUGGAUUCGCCGUUUGGUCAAGAGCCGAUGGGGGUGCCUCUCAUGGGUAAUGACUCACUACCUCUCCAGCAGCAGCAGGUGGGAGGAGGAAGCGCAGGAGCUGUUAGCAUCAGCCCGGCGGUGACGUGGGCGCAGAUGGCCGGGCUCGGGUGCAGGCAGCAGCAGCAGCUGCGACAGCAGCAACAGCAGGUUGUUGCUGCUGUGCCGCAGCCGCCGCCGCCGCCGCCGCCGCCGCCGCCGCCGCCGCAACAAGCGCCAGGCGGGGCAGAUGGCGGGGUGUUAAGCGGGGUCCCGUUGUUACCGAAGCAGCAUUCGCAAUCGAUGUCGGACACUCCGCAAGCCGGCGUGAACGGCGGUUGCGGCUCGAAGGACGGGCAGGCGCAAGGGCUCCACCAGCCCGGCCGGCCUACGGUGGCCGAGGAGAGGCUGCGGCGGCGGCGCCUGGAAGGCCUGGAGCAGCAGCAGCAGCUGCAGCAGCACCGGGAGCAGGAGAAGCUGCUGCGGCAGUUCUUCGCGAUGGGCGGCGGGGGCGACUGGGACGAGGAGAAGGCGGCGAGAGCUACCGCGUCGAGCGGCGGCCGGGCGGAAGGGGCGAGGACCGUGGGCGAGGCGGCCCGCACGAGGGGGUGUCGCCGCUCCUCCAGCGGGGGCACCCUGUCGGCAUUGUUGGGGCACCUCGACCCACUCACGCUGCCCAACGGCGAUCGCGCGAGGGGUCUCGCAGCGGGCAGUAUGGGCAGGCCGGCGUCGUUAGGCCACGGCAGUCUCGGCGUUAGUACCGGGGGCGACGGGCUGGUGCUCUCCCCCGCGUCGUCGGCGCACAGCAAUAACGGCUUCGCGAGCUCCCCGGCCUCCUCCUCCCUCAACAACAGCCCGGCGAGCAGCCCGUUCCGGCGGGCGGACGCCCUCAGCCGGCGAUCGCAGACCCCACCCCUGACGGGCUCGAGGAUCGGUCGCGGCGGCGGCGGCGGCGGCGUUGGCCGGUACGGCGCGGCGGGGGCGGCGGUCAGCCUAGGGGUGGGGCGGUCGUCGCCGGACUCGCAGAGCCCGCCAAGACGGGCGACGGCGGCCGGGGGAGUUCGGCCAAGGAGGCGUACCCCUCCGAGACCCGAGCGGAGCAGCGGCGGGGACGGGGGGCGGUCGGAGUCCGUGCCGCCGAGGCCGCGGUCUUGGACGGGGUCGAGAGCGGCGGACGCGGCGGCGCUGGCGGAGGUGGUGGCGGCGGCGGCGGCGGCGGCGAGAGGGGAGGGCAGCGUCAGGCCGAAGCCGGACGGGUCGCAGCUGGGGAUCCUGCUGCCUCUCGACUACUCGGGGAUGGCAGCUCAGCAGAGCGACGUGGGUGAGGGCGACGCUCCUCUCCUGCGGGAGCUCGACGGUAUGGCUCGGAACGCGCUCAAGACCCAGGUGGAGGUCAGUGGUUCCGAUGACGAGCUGCUCACGGUGCUCGCCAAGUUUCGGCACACGCUGCUCGGCAUCCCGCUGCCGCCGCCGGCGCCGGUGGACUACGACCAGGCCUUGAAGGACGCGCAGAGGGAAUCAAUAGAGAUGAACGGACGGCUGUUCGAGGGCAACGUGGACGAGCUUCUGAAGACGCUGCGCGGCCUGAUAGACCCGCUCGUGGUGGGGGACGAGACCCUGACGAGAGCGGUGUGCCACGACAUCAUACGCGCGUCAAGUCGGACCUCCUCCGGCGGCGACGCCUACGCGGUCAUGGCGGCUCUGCUGUCCAGGCCCGCGAAGGGGGACCUGCUCACUCCGUCAGGGUCGGGGUCUUCCCCGAUCGGCAUCAGCAUCGCCGGUGCGGACGGAGAGGUCGUCAUCACCGUAGAGAACAGCUUCGUGCUUCGGCGGAACGCUAUGCAAGGCUUGGGCAUGGGAGAGCCGCAGCAGCAGUCGUCGUCGUCUUCCGGUGAGAAGGGGACCCUGAAGGAGAGGAUGGUGAGGGCGAGAGAACAGCUUGUGGAGCACGUGGAGCAGACGGCCGAGCAGUUUCGAAAGAUGACGGCGCGAAAGGAGGUGUGGGGCGGGCCGGGGUGGUCUGUUGACGACGUCGGCGGCGGCGACGGCGGCGGCGGCGGCGGGGUCAGUGGCUCCGGUGGUACGAAGCCCCCCCGGAAUUCGCCGAACAAUGGCGAGGCGGCGGCUGGUGCCGAUGCCCCUGCUGCUGCAGAUGACGAGGCGGAUGGUAUCUCUCUUGUGGGCAGGGUUGAGGUGUACCUCUGCCUGUUGGACGGGUCGAGCAAACGUCGCCUCAGAGUAAACUGCCCCGACAUCGAGCGCUGUCCCCCCGAGUGCAUCCUGCUUGGAGCGGGGGCGAACGAGGCGAACGGCACGUACGAGUUGGCGGGCUUUCGGAACGGCGCACCGUUCUACACCAACGACAAAGACGAUGUUACAAUCGCGAAGGAAUGCCUGGGUGGCAGGGAGGGCUGGAUAAUCGGGCGACCGCCAAACUACGUACUCUACGGGCAGCCGGUCAACACAGACCUACCCCCGGAGCUGCACUGGGCUCUCAUGAACGGCGGCACCGGGCUCAACCCGCCGCCCACGCUGAUGAUGCACAGCCAUAGACGGGCGAAGGAGAGGCUCAUGGACAUCCGACAGAUGCCCACCCCUCGAGCGCGCUGGGCGAUACCUGCCGACGUGACCUUCCCAGACGACACGGACCACAACCUUGUCGGCUCGGCGAUGAUCGUACGGCCCCCGACGCCAUCGACGCCCCCGCACGGCGGCGGCACCGCAUGUGAUGGAAGAUAGCACUCUCGUCGUAUAUGACGGAAUAUACCAUCCAGUCGUAGAAACUCCGUCUCUCUCGGAAGGGAUGCGGUCGGUGAAUGAGUCAAGCUUUAUGAUUGGCUGACUUACCAAUACCUUUCGCCCCCAACACCGGUCACGUUCCUGAUGCAUGAACACGCACGACGGGAGCGUUUCAUUUCAUGCAAACACUGCAUCCUCUUUUUUGUUUUUUUAUCGCAGAGUUUGGGGGAGCUGUAUUGUGUUGGUAUCUGGCAUGCUGUUACCUCCGUCUGGUGCGAACAGUCGAAAGAGGUAGCAUAGCGACGCCUUUUGUGAAGGGGUGUUUCCGGUAUGAUGUUGGAAUACUUUUCGGUAUGUGGGCAGGGUGGGUAGGUGGUAUUGCCUCGGUGUGUCGCUGUGCGUGGCAGAGAGGAAACUAAUGAGUAGGGAGAGAGAGAGAGGCGGUGUCGGGGUGUGGCGUGUACAAGUAUUUGUUACCAAUGUGGGGCUGGUUUAUGCUGUCCGUGUCUCUGUUCGAGUUGUGGUGGUAAUGUGGUGGCGGUGGGGUGGUGAAACGUGUCAAUCCAACCACGUGCUGUUGUAUUCUAUGCCCCUGUCAUUCGUGAAAGACUAAUCAUCAGUCGUGAACCCUUCCUUCGAGCG